UCCAGGUUUACUUUAAUCAUUCUUUAAUUGUCUAAAAUAUUUUCCAUUUCUUAACACGCGUCGUAUCGGUGAUUGUAGUGACAAGAAGACAAAAAUGGCUCGAGAUCCAGCUUCAGAACAAUUAAAUAAAUAUAAAGAGACAGUAAAGGAUAAGCCACCUGUCUUAUUAACAGGCAGUGGAGCUCCUAUUGCUAAUAAAACAGCAAGUCUUACUGCUGGCCCCAGAGGACCAUUGCUUCUUCAAGAUUUUGUGUACUUAGAUGAAAUAUCGCAUUUUGAUCGAGAAAGAAUUCCAGAAAGAGUCGUUCACGCUAAAGGAGCUGGUGCUUUUGGUUAUUUUGAGGUCACCCAUAAUAUUAAACAAUAUUCAAGAGCUAAAUUAUUUUCAAAAAUUGGGAAAAAAACUCCGAUAGCCGUACGAUUUUCUGCUGUGGGCGGAGAAAGUGGAUCAGCAGACACAGUAAGAGAUCCUAGAGGGUUUGCUGUUAAAUUUUACACUGAGGAAGGAAUAUGGGAUCUUGUUGGGAACAACACUCCAAUAUUUUUUAUAAAAGAUCCGUUACUUUUUGCAAGUUUUAUUCAUUCACAAAAAAGAAAUCCGGUAACUCAUUUAAAAGACAUGGAUAUGUUCUGGGAUUUUCUCUCACUACGUCCUGAGUCGACUCAUCAAGUUAUGAUAUUAUUCAGCGAUCGUGGCAUUCCGGAUGGUUUUCGUUACAUGCAUGGAUUUGGCUCAAAUACCUUCAAGCUUGUUAAUAACGAAAACGAGUUUGUCUACUGUAAAUUUCAUUAUAAGACCGACCAAGGUAUAAAAAACCUCGACGAUAAAAAAGCUGCAGAAAUAAGAUCAUGUGAUCCAGAUUAUGCUAUCAGAGAUUUAUACAAUGCGAUCGCUACGGAAAAAUUUCCUUCAUGGACAUUUUACAUUCAAGUCAUGUCCGAACAACAGGCUGACAAAUUCCGGUGGAAUCCGUUUGAUGUGACAAAGGUAUGGCCUCACAAAGAGUUUCCACUGAUUCCUGUUGGAAAAAUAGUAUUAAAUAAAAAUCCGACUAAUUAUUUUGCUGACGUCGAACAAUUGGCUUUUGAUCCCGCACGUUUGGUGCCUGGUAUUGAACCAAGCCCAGAUAAAUUACUCCAGGGUCGUCUUGUCUCUUAUGGAGACACUCAUAGACAUCGACUUGGACCAAAUCAUCUUCAGAUUCCUGUUAACUGUCCUUACAAAGUCAUAUCAGCAAUAAACUAUCAGCGUGAUGGUGCGAUGACGAUAUAUGAUCAGAAUGGAGCUCCAAACUAUUAUCCUAACAGCUUUAAAGGACCUGAAGUACGCCCUGCUGUAAAAUCUCCACCAUUUGGUAUCUUUGGUGAUGCAGACCGUUACGAGCCCAUUAAUGAAGACAAUUUUGGCCAAGCUACAACCUUCUGGCGUAAAGUGCUUGAUACUGACGCUAAGACACGACUCGUAAACAAUCUCGUUGCAAGUCUGUCAAAAGCUUCAACUUUCAUCGUUGAACGUGCUGUUAAAAAUUUUUCUCAAGUAGACGUUGAACUUGGCCAGAGAUUACAAGAAGGGUUAGGAAAGACAGGAAAGUUAAUUGAUGUGUCUAAAAAAUGCGCUAACUUAUAAAUUUAUUCCGAUUGUUUUUAAAAAUAACUUCCCUCGCAGAUUUGAAUCACGGUGGAAACACCGUGGAAGUGUAAACACCGUGGAUCCACCGUGGUUACACGGUGAGUUUGUUCCAUUUCACCACCGGGUAUACACAGUGUAUCCACUGUGAUUACGCGGUGUAUCCACCGUGAUUCCGCGGUGGCUUGACCACUGUGUAUACACGGUGUUCCUACUGUGAUUCCACGGUGGCUUUGUGCUAUUUCACCACUGUGUUUCCACGGUGUAUCCACCGCGUAAUCACAGUGGUGAAAUGGAACAAACCCACCAUGUUUCCACCGUGAUUCAAAUCUGCGAGGGUUCGUAGAUGAAUGAUUUUCUUAACAUAAGUCAUAAGUGUGAUCACAUUAAUUCUUAUAUGACUAUGUAACUAAUAAAAUAAAAUUCUAUAAAUGCUAAUGCAACGUAAUAAUUAAUGCUGGCUGUUACUAAUUUUGUUCAUAGUAAUAAAAAAGUCUUUAAUCAUAUACUGAAACAAUGUGAAUUGUCAUCUUCGUCCUCAGCCUUGCGGUUCCCAAUUUUCCCCGUUUCGUUGCCGUCUGAAACUACAAAAGUCAUAGUGCCAUGGUCACAUGACUAACUAUAACGUCGACUCAUGUCUGUAAAGGUGAAGUGAGGGCAGUCCCGAGGCUAGUCCUACGCCCUAAAUUAUCGAUCAAUCAUUUCGAUCCUGGAUCAAUUAGCAAUAAGACGUAUAAUUUAGUACUACUGUCAUAUACUAGCAAUUCACUUGCGAUUUUGUUAAU